UAUUUCCCGACAGGUUCUCUUUGUCUUAAUUACGGAGUGGUUUUAAAAUUUGGUUGCUCUACAUAAUUCUUAAAUUUGGUGUUAAAAAUAUUCUCAAAUUUGCCGAACGGUUGAUCCAGACGACUACAGUGAGGUCAUUGCGACAUAAUUAAAAUGCCCAGUCUGAAAAUGAUAGAAAACAGCAAGACCAGCACCCCGGAGUCCUUCGGAAAUGCUGUGGAAAGUGGUGGUAAUGAUGAAUGCAAUUCUUCGAAGGAAGCCAAUCACUCGCAAAUCGUUGCUAAUUCCUCGGGCAGCAAUAACGGGAAUGCCAAAGAACAGCCGGCUAAUCCGUUGCAACAAAUUAUACUGAUUAUCGAGCAUAAAAUUCGCAAUUUGGAGAAACGUAAGAAUAAACUGGAAUCCUACAAGUCAAUCGAGAAAUCCGGCAAGAAGCUGACGGGUGACCAGAAAAUUGCUGUGUCAAAGUAUGACGAAUGCUUAACAUCCCUGGAAUUGACGAGAGAGCUGUGCAAGCAGUUCCAAUCGAUUGUAGCGGCAGCAAAUAAGGAGGCGAAGAAGGAAGCAAAGCGAAGCGUGUUCGUUAGAGCGCAGCAGGAAAAUGCGAAAAUCCGUGAAGUGCUGAUCAUCCAGGACGUCUUGAAGCGUUUUACCGAGGCUAACGUUCGCGAAGAUUUCCGCCAGGGGACUAACGGAGCCUGCAAGAUUGCCGAUAGUGACCUGAUGCUGCUGGAGCAACUGUAUGAGGAAACAUUGGCCAAACGUCCGAAAACCUCUGCCGAACCUACGUUUGUUACUGCGGUCAAACAAGCGGCCGAUCAUUUGUCCGCCAUAGUCGAUGGUCGUAACAAACCCUUCGCCGAUGUUACUUACGUACACAUCAAGAAUGUCCUUGCUGAGAUUCAAAACUGCGGAUACUUUGAUAAGGACAUUAUUACCGUAGAGGAAGAGGAAACUGAUAAUGCUGAAGAUAAGGACACCCCGACUGAAGCUGACGAAACUGGCCAGUCUGACGAACCCCAAGAAGAGGAAAGUUUGCUGCUAGCUGAGCAAAACAGCCAACCGAAGGUGAACAUGGAUCCAUCAAUUGCCCCCGUGUUGUCGGGUAAUGAGGCACCCAGUAUGAAAGUAUUUGCCGAAGCUCCUGCUGCCACAGCAGUUCCGACUCCAUCAUUUCCUACUCAACCUAGCAUGGUACGUCAAAUUGCACCAAAUCCACCUUCAUCUUCGGUUCCGGAUGUUGGAACUGCUCCCACUUUAGUAGCGCCACCGGUUCAUAUGCCAACCCAAAUCAUCAAUGCAAAUAAUGGGCUUUCUCCAGCAAGCACGCCGAAUGUCCAUUCAGCUGCUGCUAUCAUUGUUCCUACUGGACCAGUAACUGUUCCUAUGAUGCAACCCACAGCCACACCAAUGCCGCCUGUUCCCGGACAACAGCUCAAUGCAACUACUGUUCAAGCUGUAGAGAAUGCGUACUUUAAGCAACACUAUAUUCAACAGCAGCAAAUGCGUCCCAUCCAUGAAGUGAUCGGUACUGGGAACUUUUUCUUCUUGCAAGAAUCAGAGAUCGACAAGCCGGAUGUAAUUUCCACGUCGGUUCCAUUUGGAAAUCCGUUGACCUCUACCAAUGUUACUGCUCAACAAACGCAUCCGCAACAAGUCCUUAUCGGACAGGCAACCAAUUCUUCCAACCAACUACCUGUAGACCAGCAGGGUGUGCCGGCUCAACAAGCGACAAUGAUUGUCCCUCAGCAGCAGAAUGUGAUGAUGGGCGCGCAGCAUCCUCCUACCUUCAAUAAUCAACCCUUCCAGAACCUGACAUCACCUGCUGCGAAAUCAUUCAAUCACUCGAUGCAGCCUCAAGCAAUGGAAACGAGACAAAUAAGUCAACCGAUGAAUGCCGUCCCACAUUCGCGAUCACCGGUUGUGUCAAAAUCUACUGACCAUGGUCAUAUUCCAGGCUUUACGACAAAACAUACGACAGUUGUGGCCACUCAGUCCGUUGCACCUAAGGAACAAAGCCCCAUUGUGGUGCAACCAGCAAUUCCAGACGAAUCACAAAACAACGCACAAAGGCAGUCCGUGCAGAAAGCUCAAAUGCCACAGCAAAAACCGAUGGUUGCCCAACAAGGCAGUGCCUUGAAUCAACCAUUCAAUGCUAAUCUACAACAGUACCCUUCGUUAGUUCAAAACAUACAUGAAUCCCCAAAUCAAGCAGUGUCUAGUAACUUAACGCAAAAUCUUCCCGGCCUAAUGGUAGACGGCGGCACGGACAAACUGAAGGCCUCUCUAAACCUGUCCGACAAGUUUCCGCUCAAUCAACCGCAUUUAAACCAACAGCAUACCAAGCUGCGCCACGAUGAAUGGAAUAGAGGAUCUGAUUUUCCACCCAACACGUCCAAGUCUGAAGACCAGUGGUCUAAUAACGCGAUGGCCAGGACCAGUGCAGCCGAUAGUGGCUCGAAUAACAAAGGACAGUACACCUUGUCCAACCAAGCAAAACCGCAACCAGUGUCUAUCGCCAACGAAAACAGUGUUCCCAAUGCCACCGGUCCCGUGGUAAAUGAAACGAGCAAACGGCAUGAACAAAAUGAUAAUAUGACAUCCAACUAUGUUCAGGAGUUGCAAGGCACCCAUGGAGGCUCACACCAAGCACAGCCCACGUACGGACAUCGUAACUCUCGUAGUGCCUCAAAUUCGCAGUAUCAACAGAAUAACGGAACGAAUGCACGUUUUGAUAACGGAAUAAACAAUUCUUCGUCAACGUUCUUCAAAAACAACGAAAGAUUUUACCAGCAAAAUCAAACCAGUAACUACGGCACCAACAAGUCGGACUCGUCUUAUCACCAGCGUAGCUCAAUGUUCAAAAACCGGAACGACAACAACGGUAAUCCUCCAUCUCGUGGUGCGGGGUACAGUUCCUCAGUUCCAUCCGGUGGCACAGCACCUCCGAGCAACAAUGGCAACAACAGUGGAAACUUUGGUAGCGGUAUAGAUUACCGAUCGAAUGCUCGCCCAGUGAACAGUACAAGAAAUACGGGCCCACCUUCAUCGCGGCCACAUCAACGUAACCAUUCCGGAAACAGCUAUGGAGGUCCUCGUGGAGGAUCGAACACUAGAGCGCCACAGUCUUCUAUCAAUGCAUGAACGCUCUGAAAAUGCGGACUAGCAAACAUGUUAAGAUUGAAACGCAUUGGAAACUAAUGAUCUACGCGUAUGUAUUUGCUGUAUUUGUAGUGACAAGAUAUUUUCUAAGCAAAUAGAAAUACUUCAUAAUAAUUUUAACACAAAUAUUCAAAUUAAGUCGAAUACAUCUUAUACAUCAUGCUAAUUAUUCAAAUAAGUCUACCUUGCUUUCCAUUGAACUCUGUAUUAUGUAAGCAACGUAUAGCAGAUAAUAAUAAACACUUUGAGUGUAAUCAGCAAUUUCA